UAAGACCCAUUAGAGAUGGCAGUGUCCUGUGAUAACUCUGGUUACAUUACAUUAUCUCUGGUUAAACAAACACGGGAACCGUUGAAAAGACGUCGACAGAUCAGGAUUCGACACAGUUUUUUAGGCCCAGAUCACCAGGACGGGAAGAUGGCGGACAUUAAAAUGAUUUUUAUUGCUGGACUGGCCCUCGUUCUAUCAGGCGUAGCAGAGUCGGCCUUCAUGGGCAAGAGCCACAGCGGUGGAAAGGACGACCCUGUGCUGCAAUAUGUGGUCAACAACUCACUGAGGGAGCACCCGGUCCUCACCAAACUCAAACUGAGAACACUUGAAGACCCCUGGAGUAUUAUGUUAGUGGCCGUUGAACAAGCGCAGUUUAUGGCAAACCUCAUUAAACUCAUCAAUGCGACCAAAGCCUUAGAGAUAGGAAUGUACACAGGUUACAACGCCCUCAGCAUGGCGCUGGCCAUGCCUGAGGAUGGACGCGUGGUCGCCUGUGAAAUCCAGGAAACCUACAUCAACAUCGGAAAACCUUUUUUUAAAGAGGCUGGAGUUGAACACAAGAUUGAUGUUCGAUAUGAAAUAGCGUUAAAAACAUUGGAUGAACUAAUUACAAAUGGUGAGGCUGGAACUUUCGACUUUGUGUUCAUCGAUGCUGACAAAUUCAACUACGACAAUUACUAUGAGAAAUCCCUGCAGCUCAUUCGGAGGGGCGGCAUCAUCGCAAUCGACAACGUGCUGUGGAGCGGAAAGGUGGUGAAUCCUGCUCCCGACGACAUCACCUCCCAGACGCUGGACGCUCUCAACAAGAAACUGCACAAAGAUGAGAGAAUUGACCUGAGCAUGAUCAUCAUAGGAGACGGACUGACCAUUGCCAUCAAACGCUGAAAAUGACUCUCAAAACUCAUCAUCCUCAUUGGUGCAAAGGUUUUGGUAAUAAACAGAUAAUCUUCA